AUGACGAUGCCUCUCAGCUUCAGCCACCUGAUCCGUGGAUACAAACUCCAUCCUAAGGAUACAUUUUUAACGUUCUUUUUCUCGUCGAUAUACGAAAAUCUAUGUUCACAGCCUGCUGAUUUGAUUGAUUCUGAUAUUACGAUUGUCUUGACGUUCUUCGAUAACUUUACGUCUUGGAGUCCAGACGAGAAGAACAAAGCAAAGAGCGCGAUCGAAGAAUUCGCUGAUUACAUCAUUGAGAAUUUCCUCCUUCCGCUCCGAGCUUCAUCUGUCAAGACUCCGCAACCGACGCCUGCAUCAUUAUCCGCAAUACAAACAUCUACGCCCUCCGGCACACCAUACCGUGUAUCUAUCUUGCGAAAAAGUUGCCUUGUGCGUGAUCGCUAUCGUUGCGUAAUUUCUCGAAAAUUUGAUAAGAGCGAGGCUAGAAAACGUUUCGAGCAGUAUGGGGAAGAUUGCAAGGACGAUGAAGGAAUAGAAUUGAAAAACGAAUCAAGUGACCGCUUUCAGUUCCUGGAAGUGGCCCAUAUUCUACCACAUUGUCUUACAACAGUUUCCUCUGGAGAUGCAGACCUAAAUGUGCUUCGGAUUUUAGAUAUGUUUGACCCUGGUGUCAUCCAUCUAAUUGAUGGUCCGAAGAUUGACAGCCCCAUUAACGCCCUUACUUUAACGCUCGACUAUCAUCGUAUGUUCGAGCCGUACGGCAUAAUUUUAUACGCCCAUACCAGUAUAACGAGUAUAUUACGCGUAUCAUAG